UGUGUCGACACCGGUGAAGUCAUAAUGAUCGCGUUUGCGAAUGACUUCAUCGCCACCAAUCAAACCCCCUCAUUCGGUAUUUACUUCUCCCCGGGACAACACUGAAUGUUUUGACAACUAUCGGGUUCAGGAUUCAUUAUUCUGACCAUUCUGCUCAAUGUCUCAAGCGUCAGAGCAACUCCAGGCACUUUUCACCGCGGCAGCUCGUCCUCUACCGUCCAUCGACGACCCCGAAUUCGCCUCGCACUUUGACAGCUUCGGCGACUACCCCAUCGUCCUCCUGGGCGACGGUAGCCAUGGCACGUCGGAGUUCUACUCUGCGCGCGCAGAGAUCACGAAGCGGCUGAUCGAACACCACGGGUUCACCAUAGUGGCCGUCGAGGCCGACUGGCCGGACGCCGAAGUCGUCGACCGCUACGUGCGACAACGCCGCGGCCCACAGGCGUCAAUCGGCAACAGUAUACCCGGCUACGAGCCCUUCGGCCGCUUUCCCACCUGGAUGUGGCGCAAUCGCGAGACGCAGGCGCUCGUGGAGUGGAUGCGCAGCCGCAACGCCGGAGCUCCGGACGAGCAGAAAGCCGGCUUUUACGGCCUGGACAUGUACAGCAUGGGGGAGUCGAUGCACUCGGUGAUCCGGUACCUGGAUCGCGUGGACGCGGACGCCGCGAAUGCCGCCCGGCUGCGCUACGGCUGUCUGGCGCCGUGGGUCGAGGAUCCCGCCGCGUACGGGCUCACGGCCGUCCGCGGCAUGCACGACUGCGAGGCGGCGGUGGUGAAGAUGCUGCGCGACCUGCUGGACAACCGCAUGGAGUACGCCAAGGACACCCACGACGGCGACGAGUACCUGAGCAGCGAGCAGAACGCGUACCUGGUGCGCGACGCCGAACGCUACUACAAGGCGAUGUACUACAGCUCGGCGGCCUCGUGGACGCUGCGCGACACGCACAUGGUCGACGCGCUGAAGCGGCUGCUGCGCUCCAAACCAGGCAGCAAGGCCGUGGUGUGGGCGCACAAUUCACACUGCGGCGACGCCCGGUAUAUGGGGAUGGGCCGGCGGCGCAACGAGGUGAACCUGGGGCAGCUGUGUCGCGAGCAGUUCGGCGAGGAGAACGUCGCCCUGAUAGGCUGUGGAACGCACGCCGGGACCGUGGCGGCUGCCCACGAAUGGGACGACGAUUUGCAGGUGAUGACCGUGUGGCCCUCGCGGGCUGAUAGCUGGGAGCGCGUGGCGCAUGACACGGGGAUUCCGCGCUUUUGGAUGGAUCUGCGGCCGGGCAAGAUCGACCCGGAGCUGGCCGCAGCGAUGGAGGCGGAUUCAAACCGCCUGGAGCGGCUUAUUGGCGUGAUCUAUCGGCCGAAGACGGAGAAGCUGUCGCAUUACUCCCAGGCGGAGCUGCAUCGUCAGUUUGAUGCCUACAUCUGGUUUGAUCAGACGGUGGCAAUCCAAUCCUUGGAUACGGUGCAGCCGAGUACACCGCUGGGGAGCGAAGAGACGUAUCCAUUUGGAGAGUAGGGGGGGA